ACCUUCUGUCCAGUUAUUGAGAUUCCUUCAGACUCCACUUUGGCUGAUGCUGUAGAGCUUUUAUCUAAACACAAAAUCCUGAGCGCACCUGUGCGGAAUGUAGAGGCACCAGAAGAUGCUAGUUGGAUUGACAGAUACAUUGGCGUAGUAGAAUUUGCUGGAAUCGCUGUAUGGCUUCUUCAUCAGUCUGAAAUUGCAGCAAAUGGGACUACGGACAGUUCUAUUGCAGAAGGAAUAGCUGCAGAAGGAUUAGAAGGCAAACUUAGCAAAAUUAAAGUUGGGACAGCGGCAUCUAAAGUUAACGGUACCACUGUUGCUGCAGAAACUGAUAAUGGGGUUAACGCUGCUGUUAAGCAUACGAAAGCACCCACGGAACUAGCUUCUUCUGUGGAUGGAAGCUUUCUCGAAAAUCUCACUUCCUCAGACUUGUAUAAGAACACAAAGGUUCGGGACAUCUCAGGAUCCUUCCGCUGGGCUCCGUUUCUUGCCUUGCAGAGCUCCGAUUCAUUUCUGACCAUGAUGUUGCUACUUUCUAAGUAUAGGAUGAAAAGCCUUCCUGUGGUUGAUUUAGGUGAAGGGAAGAUUGAAAAUGUGAUCACACAAUCUGCUGUAGUUCACAUGCUGGAAGAAUGUGUUGGCCUUCAUUGGUUUGAAAACUGGGGCACGAAGAAGCUAUUUGAACUGGGUCUUCCCAUCAGUAAUAAGCUCAUCAAGGUGAGUGAAGAGGAUUCAGUUUUAAAGGCUUUUCAGAUGAUUAGAAAGAGAAGAAUUGGGGGACUUCCAGUUGUUGAUAAAAGCAGGAAGAAGGCAAUAGGAAAUAUAAGCAUCAGAGAUGUUCAAUAUUUUUUAACUGCUCCAGAAAUCUUUAAAGAUUACAGAUCCAUCACAACAAAGGACUUCAUUACGACAGUAAAAAGCUAUCUAAAGGAGCAGGGAGAAGACGGACCAAACUCGCAUGGCGUAAUCACCUGCAGGAGUGAUGAUACGAUCAAAGACGUGAUUCUGAAACUGGAUGCUGAAAAGAUACAGAGGAUCUAUGUUGUCGAUAAGGAGGACAGAUUGGAAGGAGUAGUAACUCUUAGAGAUAUAAUCUCCAGGCUUGUUCAUGAGCCCAAUGGUUACUUCGGAGAUUUCUUUGAUGGUGUUGUUCCACUGCCUGAAAACAGCAGAGUCUAAUAUAGGAGUUAGGUGGCUGACCGAUGAUUUAGUGUUGUUUCGAGUGGUGUAAGCUAUCCCUUCAAUUUUUUUUUUUAAUUUUAAUUCUUUCUGUUGUUUUUGUUGUAGCAUUGCUUGGUGAAAUUUGAUGUCUCUGUGUUUAUGUACCGUGACAAUUUUCAUUCAAUUGUGCCAAGUUAACUCAA